AUGGCUUCGCUGCUGCCCUCGUACGCAGAGGCGACGACACGCCCCGACUGGGUGCCCGUGAUCGCACCGUACGUCGACUUCCCGGACUAUCACUCCCUGUGUCUCGUCAGCAGGCGAUUCUGGGCGAUUUUUGCCCCGCGAUUGUGGAGGGACCUCCUCAUUUCUGUACGUCGGGCUGGCGUUGAUCCGAGCGAUGAUGCACACGACUUUGCAUCGGACGAGACUGAGAGGACAAUCGGACGCAGCUUGGAGAAGGCACUGGAGGGGCUGCCCAAUGUCGAGACCGUCCUGCUGGAUGGCCACGAGACCCUCCAUCCCAGGCUUCUGCAAAGCGUUAGCCACAACGGUCGCCUCAAGGUGCUCAGUGUGGUUGAAAUGCCAUUCAAGUUGAUCCCAUCCGAAUCAGCGUAUGAGACAUUCAAGAAUUUGGUCUAUCUUGACAUAUCUGGCAUUCCUGGGCCGGUAGUUGUGCAGCAAGAGAGCAACUUCCUGCAGCGUGCUCACCAGCCACACCUACGCAUACUCAAGAUACGUGGUCGCGAAGCCGACCAAGCUGCGCUCAAGUUACUACUGCGUGGAUUUGGUAGACAGCUAUGGAGCUUGGACGUGAGCCACAAUCGCAUUGCUGACGACGCCGUGGAAGAUGCACUUUGUGCACAUAUUCCAACAGGGUCAUUGCGUGCAUCCGCGUCCUCGCGAGCUGACGCAGAGGGGGGAGUGGCGCCAUUCGCGGCUUACUCUUCCACGUACGACACAAAUCUGAACGCUGGUGCCGAUGGCUAUGGUGCCUUCUACACAAUCGAGGAAUCUCACAAGAGCGCCGAUUUCAGUCAUCCCGAGAGUUACUUUGGUGACGCGCCAACAUAUCCACCCUCAGCACAAGACUCGCGCGACUAUGGCGAAGCCCCUCCAGUCUACUCGCAAACCCUCGAUGCACUGGGAGAUGCGGCCGUCCUCCAGAGGGCUGAUGGGCUGCAAGUGCCCAAGCUAGACACCGCCGAUGCGGCAAGUGCAAUUCUCCAGCAAGACGCAAACACCAUUGAGAAUUAUCUCAGUAGCGAAGGACUGACACACGUGAGCCUCUCCAACACGAGCGUGACAGGCUCCGGUGUUGAGAGGUUGAUGCGCCUCGCCCAGGGCCACAUUGAAUACCUUGCACAUGACUCGAUGCCCCUGCUCCGGCCCCGGAUCGAUAGCUCGCGGCUCUGGCCUAGCGGCGGCUCUCUUCGCGGUAUCCUCGGUGGAGCCUAUGUCUUCCGACCUGUCUUCUCAUCCAACCUUCGUUCCCUCAGAAUCCACCAUUCACUCGUCACUCAUAUUCCAGACCUGGAACAUGAGAAUUUCUCCGCGCGCGCCAGCAUGUAUCUGGUGGAGAACCUGAUCUUGCCGCGUAUCGACACACUCUUCCCCCAGGCCUUUGUCCCAGACAUGAAUCCUCGACUUACAUCAUUGACCUUGACCUGCGUACCGCGAAGGUCGUCGGGGCCCCUGGUUGCGAGACUAGUGGCCUUCCUCAAGCUGCUGUCUAUCCAGGAGCGCAACAUCCAGUGCAUGGCCGCGUGUUGCUCGUCGUCAUUACGUGGUCCGGGAAUGCUCAAGGGUCUGCGACAUCUCAGACUAGAGUUUGCGCCAGACCCGAUGGAAGAAGACGUGUCGUUAGAGGAGAACGAUGAGGGCUUCAGUUUCUUUGACAACACAUGGGCGACGGCCGGCACUGAGAGGUCGGGUUCUGGAAAUGUGCAUUCCAGUGCGGACAGGAGUGACUCUGGCGAUUCGGUCCGAAAUGACGAAGACCAUAUCAUCCACGAGUGGGACUGGCAUCCCCAGUCGUCGGCUGGUCCCAAGAGACACACCUUGAGCUUCAAAGACAAAGUAUGGAUGGGCAAAAAGCCGUCGGGACUUGGUGAAGCUAUCGACACGUACCGUCGGUUGGUCUUGGAGCAGGGUCUUAGAGAAGGCCUCGGGCCAGCAACACCAGGCCAAAUCAAGGCUGGUGUACCUGCGGGCGCUCUGAUCUUCCAGACAGCAUGGACUCUGGCCGUCAUGCCCCCCAGCCUCCCAGCACCACCGGUGGCUGCCCUGGCUGGUCAGCAGGACGUGCUAUCGGCGCUGAAGCGGUAUCGCCUCGACGGACGGCGCAGGUACGCCGACGCGAGACAGCGGGACGGGGCAGCGGUCAGGUUGGGGGCGCCGCAUUUCUUCUGGACGGGACAGCUCGAGGUAUCGAUUGACCUUUGA